AUGGCUGGAGCGGAGGACGACAUGCCUUCGUCGCCCUUUGGGCCGCUGUUGGCAGAACUGGCUCGCAUGCGCAAGUCUAAUCUAAAUGCAGCUAUAAACGAUGUCGACUCGAUAAUUGAUUUACUCACGGCAGCACGGGAGCAAGUGGCUGGUGAUGAUGAUUCUCACAAGAUUGGCAUGGCCAUGACGACGUUGCAAAACCCAGUCAAGGCUCGGUUUGAGGCCAUAACCGAGGACUUGAAAGAUGUGACCAAGGCUCAGAGAAGCUUUGGCAAGGCGCUGGACAGGGCUCUUCCGCAUCGAGAGCUUCCCAUGGAGACAGAUGCCAUGGCCGACCAUCCCGAACUCAUCAACCGAGCCAUAGCGAUGCACCUUUUACGAGAGGGUCAGUUCUCUGUAGCGUCAACCUUCCUCCAAGAAGAACAAAACCUCCGCGAACAAAAUCACACCUCCGUUUUAUCCCACAGCAAGAGGUCAAGAAUCGACGAGGAUGGCGAUGAUGACAUGAAGAGAGAUGACGACGGGGACGAGGACAUGCAAGGACUGCACUCUGAAGACUUGCAGGAUAAAUUCUCCGAGAUGUACCGUAUCCUCGCACAGCUCAAGGAGCGUAAUCUUGUCCCAGCCAUAGAUUGGGCGCGCAUCAACAACCCCAAGCUGGAAACAAGGGGCAGCAACCUCGAAUUCGAACUCAGCAAACUCCAAUUCGUAUGGCUCUUCAAGGGUCCUUCAGUCAACGGUCUCCCCGACGACGCCAACAACGGCCGGAUGGGAGCUCUCGCAUAUGCCCGCCAGCACUUUGGCCGUUUUCAAUCCCGUCACAUAAAGGAUAUCCAACAACUCUCCUGCGCCAUGGUGUACGCGCCGAAUCUCGAAGAAUCCCCCUACCGCCAAAUUUUCGAAAUCGACUCCGCCUUUGAAGAUGUCGCCACCUCCUUCACGCGCGAAUUCUGCUCCCUGCUGGGCCUCUCCGCCGAAUCGCCGCUCUACAUGGCCGUCACAGCGGGAUCCAUUGCUCUGCCCCGUCUCAUCAAAUACACAACCUAUAUGAAGGAGAAGAAGACGGAGUGGACGACCGAAAACGAACUCGCCUUUGAAACGCCCCUUCCGCCAUCCAUGAUCUACCACCCCAUCUUUGUCUGUCCCGUCAGCAAGGAGCAGACCACUGAGCAGAAUCCGCCUAUGAUGCUCCCCUGCGGCCACGUCAUUUGCAAAGAGAGCUUGCAGAACAUCGCGGCGAAAGGUUCACGCUACAAAUGUCCUUAUUGUCCUACAGAAGGGCACCUACGUGAUGCUAUCAAGAUUACGUUGUAG